AUGGCUGACAAACCAGCCCAUCAGCACCCUCAUCAGCCUCCCAUCGCCCCCGAGCCUGCUGCUACUUCUUCUGCUCGUCUGCAUCCCGCCCAACGAUUGCCUCCUCACCUCUCGACGCUCUAUUCCUACUUUCAUCCACCACCACCGCCGUCCCCGUCGUCAUCGGCCUCCGAACCGCAGCGGAAUCCGAAGCGUCCAUUGCACCCGUCGAUGGGCCCGCCGCCUCGCCCGGCCCAACCCAUGGAGGCGCCCAAGUUCGCCGUCAGCAGCCUCAUGUCUCCUCCCCAGGCCAUCCACGACAGCUUCACCCACGAUUCCUCCCUCUCGGACCGGGCACCCCCCGAGACGAAACAUGGCAAAGGUGGACCGUUCUCGGCGCGGCAGCCGCUGCCCAUGUCGCCUCCCGUCUCGCCCGACAGCAACCCCAUUGGGCCUGCGGCGGCGACGGCCGACCGGCGCUCGCCCUCGUCGUCGUCGUCGUCGUCGUCGUCGGUGAGGGCCGUCCAGAAGGAUCCGCUUCUCUACCCCAACGACGAGCACCUGGCGUCGAUGCACCCUCAGGCGCCGCUCUUCCGGCCGACGGAGCUCGAGCAGCAGCAUCUCCACCACCGCCGCAUCGUCGACGACCACGUGCGCGCCCGGUCGCCUGUCAUCUUCGCCUCCGGCCUCGCCCCGCCUCGACGGGACGAGUACGAGCUCGCCUUGACGUUUCGCUCCCAGGUCAUGAAGCAUUUCACGACGAACCGCCGCGGCUGGCUGCGACAGGAGCGUGCCCUGCUCGAGGCCGAUCGCCGCGCCGGCCGCCGCGGCCACGGUAUGCUGCGGCUCCCCUCGCGCGCGACGAGACCCGUCGCGGCCAAGCCCGUCGUCGUCGUCAAGGCCCGCAGCGGCAGCGCCGAACGCUUCCCCAGGACGGCCGACCAUGGGCGCCAGGGUGCCACGCGGAUCCGCAAGGAUGGCGCGGCCGCGGGCCCGGCGAGAGGUGCGAGACCCGCCCACGGCCGCCUUAGCGCCACGCCGGAGCCGUCGCGGCGCGUCGUGGCCCCGAACCGCGAGGACAAGGACUUUGCCGCGCUGCCCGACUACUGCCCCUCGCUCGACACGCUGCCGAGCAGGGCCAACAGCCUCAAGGUCGACUGGAAGGGCCAGCCCAUCGACCUCGGCAACGACCCCCACCGGUCGCUGCUUCACCCCGACGAGGUGCUGCUGGCCGGCAACCUUCGUCUCGACUGCGCCACGUACCUGACGAGCAAGCGGCGCAUCUUCGAGCGCCGCCUCCAGUGCCUGCACAGGGGCAAGGAGUUUCGCAAGACGGACGCCCAGCAGGCCUGCAAGAUUGACGUCAACAAGGCGUCGAAGCUCUGGACCGCCUACGAGCGCGUCGGCUGGCUCGACGCCGCCCACGUCCGCCGCUUCCUGUGA